AUAAACAAUAUUUCUGAAGAAAACGAAGAAAUGAGUGAUGCGAAAGGUGAAGAUGAUAUCGAGGAUGUUGUAAGUUUGGAUGUUGAAAACAAGUAUGACUUUUUGGAAAAAAUAUCCUUGCAAAAAGCCUUAUAA